UAUAAAUAUACAUCUCCACCUUAUUCAAGCCACUUGUUCUCUUUGCUAUUCCUUAAAUAGGCUAAGGCCACACCUGUCUUAGAACUUUUGAGCUUUCUUUGUUGUAUGGAAUGCUGCACUCUCAGAUACACACAGAUCUUGCUUCCAGACUUCCAGUCACUGUUCAUCCGGUCCUUUUUGGUGAGAUCUUUCUCUUAACCACCCUAUUUAAAAUAGUAAUACCGGCAGCCUGGCACUCCCAGUUUUCCCUAUUUUUCCCCAUAGCACAUAACCAUCCGACACCUAUAUUUAUUUGCCUGUCUUCCCAUAAAAAAGUACUGGUAAAGAUAAGCCCAAACCACAAAGAACAUGCAAAGUAAUUUACAGCCUGUUUAGGGGAAUACCUCCUCACCGGGAGGGUGACACGUUCAGGGAUGCAGAAUCAAAUUACUGAGCCUGCUCUAGAUAAAGGAAGAGGUUGCCACCCUGUGUCUUAAAUAACCGAAGAAAAUCACCGAGCGUGGUCGGCUCCAGGGGAUCCUCCCCAAAUGAUCGCUGGGAGAGCACGAGGCAAACUGAGUCCCGCCUACCCCGAAAAAAAACUGAGGACUCUCGGGCAUCGGAAACGUACGUAGAGCUUAUCUUGGUCAAUGCUUGUCUUAGCACAGGAAGUCGAACAAACCGAAGACGCCUCUUGGCAAGGUCCAACACUGGUUAAGACAAAGCCGAGACUCAAAACCAGAAGUUGCUUUCCGGUUCCGGGCCUUAGAUCCUUUCCGCUUCCUUUGCCGGAAGUGACAAAUAUCCUCUGCUCUCCGUCGCGUCCGCAACGGGAUUUAGGCUUAGGGGGCGGGGCCAACGGAGGACUAGGUGGGACGACGGCCGGGUGCCUCCCUCCGGCUAGUACCCAGAAAGACUCCGAGAACCUGGGUCUGCCUACCCGGAAGCGGACUCGGGGAAGGCGAGGAUCGGGCACCAAUUCCGGAAUUCGAGGGCUUUGUUUCCGAGGGGGAGCGCUUCCGAGACGCACCGCCGCCUGGACGAAUCCUGCUUCUCUCUGAAAUGCAGUUAACACAUCAGCUGGACCUAUUUCCCGAAUGCAGGGUGACUCUCCUGUUAUUUAAAGAUGUAAAAAAUGCAGGAGAUUUGAGGAAAAAGGCCAUGGAAGGCACCAUUGAUGGUUCGUUGAUAAAUCCAGUAGUGAUUGUUGAUCCGUUUCAGAUACUUGUGGCAGCAAACAAAGCAGUUCACCUCUACAAACUGGGAAAAAUGAAGACAAGAACUCUAUCUACCGAAAUUAUUUUCAACCUUUCCCCAAAUAACAAUAUUUCUGAGGCUUUGAAAAAAUUUGGUAUCUCAGCCAAUGACACCUCAGUUCUAAUUGUUUACAUUGAAGAGGGAGAAAAACGAAUAAAUCAAGAAUCCCUAAUAUCUCAAGUGGAAGGUCAUCAGGUUUCUCUGAGAAAUCUUCCUGAAAUAACAAAUAUUACAGAAGUCAAAAAGAUAUAUAAACUCUCUUCACAAGAAGAAUGUAUUGGGACAUUAUUGGAUGGUAUCAUUUGUAGAAUGUCAACAAAAGAUGUUUUGUGAUAUGUUGGAAAUAGUAACAGAAAUUUCAGCAUUGAAGAAGCCAUUGCUUUUAUUUGUAUGUAAUUGGAAUAAAAAUUGCAAACACUUAUUGAAUGCC